CCGUCUAUAUUUUCCUGCGCGGCCUAACAUGAAGCAAAAGUAUUGUUUUCCUUUUUCCAUUAAAAAUAAAACAAAAAAAGCUGCAGCUUCCAAACUCGCGGCUGGAUGAUAAAGAAGCAACUCCCUGAUUGGCUGGCUGGCGGAGCCGGUGAGGAUGCAAGCCAAUGGGCGCGCGGCGGAGAGGUGGGUGGGCGGAUGCGGAGGUGGGAGAGAGAGGGAAAAAGGCGUCGGGUAUUUAUUAUAAAGGAGAAAAUAUUAAUUCCCCCCGCCGUGGGCCGUGACGUCAGCAUAGGAAGUGGUUGUAGAGCAACACCGGAGCGAUUAGCAGCCCAGAAAAAAAGAAAGGAAGAAAAAGGGGGGAGCCUGAUGUCGAGGAGUCAGCCUCAUGUAUAUCUCUGAAUACGCCUCAACUUUUAACUCAAAGUUCAACAUCCAAACACAAAAAGGGACGAGGAUACGCACAGGCGCGCUUUGCUUUUACGCGCGUUCCCUGAAUGUUGGAGCUACAGUCCUGGAUUUCUGCCUGACCCGGGUUUAUUCCUCAACUCUUUUUUAAUUUUUUUUUCAAUUUUCCUCACUCCUCCGAGUUCCUUUUACCUGAUUUUCUUCAGAUCUUUCCUGUCAGUGGAGGAAGACUGCUCCUGCUGUUGUUAUGAAGGCUCCAGCAGUUCUUUCUUAACAUGGAAGCGUCCAGCGGGUCCAGUUUUGGGAUAGACACGAUUUUAUCCAGCGCCUCAAACUCUGGUAACCCCGCGCUCAUGAACGGAGAUUUCCGCCUCGGCGACAGCAGGACAGCGGAUUUCAGGAGCCAGGCAACCCCAUCGCCAUGCUCGGAGAUAGACACCGUGGGAACGGGCCCCUCGUCCCCCAUCUCCGUCACCAUGGAGCACGCCGCCGACGCGCAUCUGGUCCAGGACAGCCUUCAGCAGCAUCACCACCACCACCAGCCGCAGAGCCUGCCGCUGUCGCCGCAGCAGCAGCCGCAGCUCGCCGGGGCCGGCUGCGCCCCGAGGACUGCCACCUCCUCCUUUCUAAUCAAAGACAUUUUGGGCGACAGUAAACCGCUGGCAGCCUGCGCACCUUACAGCACCACAGUAUCCUCACCUCAUCACACCCCCAAAGCGGAAAGUGCCACGGCUCCGGACGUCUUCAGGCCCAAGCUGGAACAGGACGAAAACAGAAGCAAAUUGGACAAACGGGACGAAAUCCCCAGCGACAUGAAAUGCAACGGCACCAAAGAAGAAGGUGACCGGGAGAUCUCCAGCAGCAGAGACAGUCCGCCGGUACGCACGAAAAAACCGCGCAAAGCGCGCACGGCCUUCACGGACCACCAGCUUAACCAGCUGGAGAGGAGCUUCGAGCGGCAGAAAUACCUCAGCGUGCAGGAUCGCAUGGACCUGGCGGCGGCUCUCAACCUGACCGACACGCAAGUCAAGACCUGGUACCAGAACAGACGGACGAAGUGGAAGCGGCAGACGGCGGUGGGUUUGGAGCUCCUGGCUGAGGCAGGAAACUAUUCGGCCUUACAGAGAAUGUUCCCCUCGCCCUACUUCUACCACCCGAGCCUGCUCGGCACCGUGGACGGAACCACGGCGGCCGCUGCGGCCGCGGCCAUGUACAGCAGCAUGUACCGGACUCCAUCCGCGCCGCACCCCACCCUCCAGAGACCUCUCGUCCCCCGGGUGCUCAUUCACGGACUCGGCCCGGGGGGGCAACCGGCGCUAAACCCCCUGUCCAACCCAAUGCCUGGCACGCCGCACCCGCGGUAGAUGCGCGCAAACUCCGGACGCUGUUCCAGCACGCGGGCUUGUGCCGCAAAGACACACUUAAAGCUAUUUGACAGACGCGGCUGUGGAGGUAUUUAAUUUUGGGCCCCAUGCAGCAGCACCAGCAGCUGGAACUCAGACUCUGCGUCUCUGCGCGCGGACUGCUCCUGUCUGAUUGUUUGUUUGUAUUUUGUACAAAUACACUUAACAUUAGCAAAUAAACUUAUAAAGUUUAUUAGAUGGAGAAGAAGUGAAUGAAUAAAGAAGUAAUAAUACUAACUAAAACUGCAUGCUUUUAUGGGAACCGAAAUUUCUCACCAGACACAAAAUUGCGCAAACUCCAGCCAAACAAUGCGCAUUUCUUUAGGUUUUAUUGCAACUCUCCAAACAGGUUCGCCAUAAAGUUGAUUAAUUUGCCACCCCGACCCCAUAAUUUGAGUCUAUUUUAGUCACUUAAAAAGGGAGUAAAAUGAUUGGUUCCUGCAAGUGGUCAGACCGGAGGCAACUUUCCCCUGAAUGUCCGCAGCGCACAUGCAUAUGGAUGCGCAGCAGCUGAUUGGUGGCGCGGGGUUGAGCUGGGCACGCUGGGAAUGCGGCCCGGGCUCAGCAGCUGUUCCCUGGGAGCGCAACAGACAAUGAGGCUGAAUUUCUCAGCGUGCAUGGAGCGGUCAGGACAGGAGGGGGGGAGCGCGCGUCUUUACGCGCGCGCGUGGAGGAGGGGUGUUAAGUUGCUGAUAAUCUGCUCAUUCUUAAUGAGUAAUAACCGCUGGUGAAGUCGUUCGGGAAUCUCCCGUGACCUUCAGUUUGUCGAGUUUUAUGCGUAGUUGUUUUUUUUUUUUUUUGGCGCAAAUAACUCUUAUUCUCAAUAUUUGCACAAAAUGUAGAAAUUUCAAAGAAAGCAGACAAUUUAUAGUUUUUGCUCACUCCAUAGAUGAAUUACCCAAAUGCAUAAAAUCAAAACAAUGUUUUCUAUUUUUUUUCUUUUUGUGUGCACAUAAUUCAACGAUUGGUAAUGACGCAAAACCCCCUUUACAUCAUCCUGGAUGUCAGGGGCCUAUAUGGAAGCCGCGCCACCGAAAGCAUCGUUGGCCUACAUAUCCCCUCCCCAAAAAAAUAUUAGGCUGCCAUAUUGACCCCGCAGCUUUUGGCCAUUACUGUGCUACAGAGCCAUUGCAUCGUUGUUCAUAUGCAUGACUUCUGCGCCAUUAUUUAUUUAUUGCGCUCUGCGGGUGGGAGGGAGCGGAGGAGAGGGGAGAGGAGAGGAGGGCGUUUCUGCGGCUGAGCGCCUCUCCUUCCAAAUCAUUAAUAACAGGCUGGCGCCGCAGCUCGGAAUUAAUAAGCUGCCAACACCUCGUUACCUGGUGGCUCAUUUAAAAAAAAAAA